UAUGGGCAUCAAGAUAUCUCCCCAGCAGUUGUCACGGGACGUUUAUGGAGGCAGGAAGCCCAGGGCUGACAUUUCGAUUCCUGGCGGCAGCUCAUCAAAGAAUCAUUAGAAUCAGUCCGACAAGGCGAACCGAAAACAACAUUCUAAGGCGUUCUCGUAGCGAAAAAAAAAACAAAAAACAUGAAUUUGAUUAUCGCAGCACUGCCUAAUACGGACAAGGCAAACUAUGAUGAACUUGAUCUUGAGACGAGCGAGCGACCCACAGACUGUGCCUGACUGUCCAACUGUCUGACUGUCUGGCUGCCUGACCAGUUUUCCCGAGGUGCAACAGCAACAGCAACAGCAGCUGCUUGCAUUGAGCAUCGAGCCGGCACUCACUUUCGGAUCGGCCGGGUGUUCCUAUAAAAGCCACACUCGGUGUUGCAUUUGUCACCAGUUGCAAGCUGCAAACCUUAAAUCCAACUCCUAUCUAACUACCGUGCAAAACAGCCAACAAAAUGUUCAAAGUUCUGUUUGUCCUCACCGCCCUCGCCGCCGCCCAGGUCUACGCCCAUCCCGGAGUGGUAGCCGUGCAUCCCGUUGUGGCGCACCCCGUUGUGGCGCAUCCCGCUGUGGUGCAUCACAGUCCCAUCAUCCAUCAUGGCGCCCACUCGGUGCACUCACACGUCGUGCACCAUCCGGCACCCGUCAAGGUCGUCACCCCGAUUGUUGCCAGGCCUGUGGUGGCUGUUCAUGCCGUUAAGCCGGUGGUGCCCCUAGUGCCCGUGCACCACGCCGCCCCCGCUCUGGUCGUGCAUCACUAAGUGCACAAACUGCACCCUGACCCCUGACCGUCCCCUCCCCUCCGCCCAUCCAAUCCAAGCCCCAACCAACAUCCAAGAUUAUCCCCCAAUAAAAGUUCAUAGCCACGUAAUUGAAGAGAGUGUUUUC